AUGUUUGAAGCAGAAUAUUGGGAGGACAAGUGGCCGUUUGGAGGAGAAGGUGAACCUGAUGAUGUACCCGUGCCAAAGGGAGAAGUGUGUGUCAAAAUUAGCGAACUUGUAGGUUUGGCAGACGAAAACGCUGGAGAGUAUUCGUUCGGUGGUCAAGCUGACACUCUGCCGGUUGAUCCAGGACUAUUUGUAGACUCUCUGGGAAUGAUCUCUUUUCCGCUUGUUGAAGAGGAAGCGAAGAAGCUGAUUGCAAAAUGUGAAAAGUCUCCGUACGGACACAACAUGGAAACUAGGAUUAAUGAGUACGUCCGGAAGAGUUGGCAGCUUCAACCGGAUCAAGUCGAGACAAAAAACCGUUCUUGGGAGAAAGGACUUGAUAAGUUGACUGAAAUCAUAGCAAAUCGCUUGGGGUACGAAGGAAUUCCACUGCAGUGCAAAUUGUACAAGGUGCUUGUAUACGGAGAGGGUGGUCACUUUCGCAGUCACCGUGAUACCGAGAAAGAGGACGGCAUGAUUGCAACGUUAGUCGUUCAGCCACCAAGCAUACAUGAAGGAGGUGACUUAGAGGUUGAUCGAAAUGGAAAAGUAGUGCAACACCACGACUUUGGCAAGGCCGAUGGCACUGCGGCUUAUUUGCCUCACUUUGCUGUGCAUUAUGCUGAUGCAGAGCAUAAUUUAGAAGAAGUUACGAAGGGAUUCCGCUUGGCUAUGGUGUACUCGAUUUGUCUCCCGGCAACGAUGCAUCACCUACGGAAAGACCCGACAUGGACCGUCCCGGACGCCCUUAGCGUUGCUAUCAGUCAAAUGGAAAACGAAUCAUUUGCAUUGUUAUUAUCCCACCAUUACACGAAAAAAAGCAUUGGAGAUUUGGGUUGCGCAGCUCUCAAAGGAAUCGAUAGGGCCAGAUUCCAAGCCCUUGAAGUUGCAAAUUCCCGAGUGUCCGACGAUAAGAAACUUCGAUUCUUCAUUGCGAAAUUGUCGUUAAAGCUUGAUAUAAGCUUAUCCGACUCUUCAUGCUGGGGGCGAAAACAAGCAUUUCACUGGUAUACCACUAGCGGGGAAGAUCUUGGACGCUGGAAGGACGAAGAGGGUGGUAAAAUGCUUAAAUUUAACUUUCUGAAUCCUGGAGGUGAAACGUUUUACUGGCUAUGGGAUUCUUUUACUAGAUCGGAAGAUAUAGACUUCACGGGUAACGAGGGCCCGAUCAAGAGCACAAAAUAUUCUAGAUUUGCAAUUUUUGCGUGGCCUGCCGUCAGACAUGAGGAAAAUAUGCUAAACUUUACGUCUGCUGAGCACGCCAUUGAAGAUUUGGCAUCUCGCAAACCAGUUAGCGCUGCGGCACUUCGCACAUUUUUGGAUGCGGCUAGUUCAAAAUUUGGUUGGGGCGUAGAAGAUCGAGGGCGACGUGGUGCGAUGGCUUCUGUCAGAUUUUGCCGGUCCUUUCUGAAUUUACUAGUGGAUGUUGGAGAUCCAGAAUUGACAAAGUUGUUCCUUAGCAAGUAUUGUCCCAGAUUGGGGAAGCAAAACGAAAACGCAUCGCUGAUCCCAGCAUUUAUCAAGAUUGCCAGCACUUUUUCAUGGGAUGACGUUGGUGAAGCAUUGUUGGAUAUUCUGGGUACCCAAUCACCUUACUGGGGUUACGGUGAAAAGCCCGGGGACUCGGCUGUGGAACUGCUGUUACGAGUGGCUGCUGGUUUAAAUGAUGGAGUACCUCGGCAGGCUCUGCUCGCUAAAGCUUUGAAAAAAAUCGAAAAAGAGAAAACGAUCUUGCAUUCUUCCACAGCAGCUGAAGUUUUGUGGAAACAUGCUAUCUGCCUUGGUGACUCCCAGUCUUUCGAUAUGGUGAUAAGUAAGCUUGAUAAAAUGGAGCCAAGUGAGCUUGGUCCAUUCGGCAACGUGUUAGUACAGCAUGGCAGCGACUUCGAUCCAACGAGCGAGCAGUUUGCUUUGCUGUCGAAGAUUGCUGCAAAACGUGUGGAGUGGUUGAAAGGCGAAAUUCAUAAAUUAGAUAAGUUGAGCAAGACUUUUUCAUGGGAGAUGCCGUACGCGGGGUUUUCCGAGCGCAAAGAGAUCACGGAGUUUUUACGUGGUCCUCAGCAAUCGAUGACACUGAAAGGGGAGAGAAGUGAUCAAAACUUUAUGAACCUUCGCACGGCGAAGGAAUUAGCUACUACCUGCAAUGAUGAACGUAUUCGUGAGUCUUCAUACGUUGCCAAAGCAUCCGUAAGCGAACAUGAAGACGCAGUUGUGAUAAUUACUAAAACACGUAAGUGGUACGAGGACUCCCAGGCGAAUUUGGUGCGAUAUGCAGAAGAAAUGGCAAAUCUAAGCGAUGUCUACAAGGGAUCAAAGGUCAUGAUUCCGACAAAGAGACCACGUCUUGAGUAA